AUGAUGGAUCAAGCACUUGACGAUAAUAUUUCUGAAAACGACGAAGAAGACAGCUUCUUUCAGGAUGUAGAUAUUCUCCAGAAACAUGGAAUAAACGUGGCUGAUAUUAAAAAAUUGAAAACUGCCGGAAUAUGCACUAUUAAAGGCAUUCAGAUGUCUACGAAAAAAAAACUGUGUAAUAUCAAAGGGUUUUCGGAUACCAAAGUAGAAAAGAUAAAAGAAGCUUGUCAGAAAGUUGCGACAUUAGGUUUUAUGACGGCUCUAGAAGUUAGUGAUCGUCGCAAACAAAUAUUCAAAAUAAGUACGGGCAGCACUGAAUUGGAUAAACUGUUAGCCGGUGGCAUAGAGUCAAUGGCGAUAACAGAGGUAUUCGGCGAGUUUCGCACAGGUAAAACACAGCUGUCGCACACGCUAUGCGUAACGACGCAGAUACCAAACUCGACAGGCUAUCAAGGCGGAAAAGUUAUGUUUCUCGAUACUGAACAUACUUUUCGCCCAGAUAGAUUGAGGCCCAUCGCAGAACGAUUCAACUUGGAUCAAAACGCAGUUCUAGACAACGUCCUUUAUGCUAGGGCUUACACUUCGGAGCAUCAGGCAGAACUACUAGACUACGUAGCGGCAAAGUUCCAUGAAGAAGCAGGGAUGUUCAAACUGUUGAUUAUUGACUCCAUCAUGGCCUUGUUUCGAGUCGAUUUCUCUGGGCGCGGAGAACUUGCUGACCGACAACAAAAACUUGCUCAAGUGCUGUCCAGGCUGCAAAAGAUCUCCGAAGAAUACAACGUAGCAGUUUUCAUAACAAAUCAAAUGACAUCGGAUCCAGGUGCUACACUGACUUUUCAGGCAGACCCCAAGAAGCCCAUUGGAGGGAACAUUCUCGCUCAUGCUUCAACCACUAGAAUAUCUCUACGAAAGGGCCGAGGCGAGAACAGGAUCGCGAAGAUAUACGAUUCUCCCGAUCUGCCUGAAAGUGAGGCUACUUUCUCUAUAACUAACGGUGGAGUUGCUAACGCUAAAGAUUAG